CUUCCAGAUUUCAUAGCUGAGUAUGCUAACUUGCCUCUAAUCCCACCCUAUCUAUUCCCUGGUAAUCAUCGAUACGUUGAUGGAGUCAAUUUUGCCUCAGCUGGAGCUAGGGCUUUGGUUCAAACCCAUCAAGGACUGGUGAUAGAUCUAAAAACUCAGCUCAGUUAUUUCAGGAAAGUCAGCAAGGAAUUGAGGCAGCAACUUGGAAAUGCAGAAACCACAGCUCUGCUUGCGAAAGCUGUUUACUUGAUCAACAUUGGAAUCAAUGAUUACGAAAUUACUUGA